CGAUUGGACGGUGACUGCAGAGGGUUGGGCUUUUCGCAGUUUCAUCCGGGAGUGAUGCGGGAGACAAUAGGGCGAAGAGAGCAGCAGUCCGCUCCUGCUUCCCGAGCAAGGUGAAAUUGCGCUAUACAUUACAGUACGUGAAUCGAUAGCAAAGCUCCGGAAAAUAAAGGCUUCUGCCGCUCCAAGGGAAAAAGAAACUUCCGUCAUCGCGAAACCAAGGUGCUUUCCCACCCGUUUGCUUAAGUUUUUGCUUUUAAACGGAGAGACGGUGAAAGCCUUUGCAUGCAUUGUAAAUUCAAAAGAAAGAGCGCCCAGAAGAUCUCUCCCUCCGCCCCCACGUCUAAGCGGCUCCCCAAGAAGCAGAAUGAGCUCCUCCCCGCUGGUCUCUCGCGCCUCCAUAGACAUCUUGGAGGAGCUGCAGCUCAUUGCUGCUCAGAACCUGGAGAAGUUGGAGGUUAACAAGUACUACGAGGUGAUUCGGGAGCUGGGGAAAGGCACAUAUGGCAAAGUUGAUCUGGUCAUCCAUAAACUCCGAGGCACAAAGAUGGCCCUGAAAUUCCUCCGGAAAAAAACCACCAAGCUCAAGAGCUUUCUCCGAGAGUACAGCAUCUCCCUUUACCUGUCUCCCUGUCCCUUCAUCAUCAACAUGUUUGGGAUAGCCUUCGAGACAGACGAAUACUAUGUGUUUGCCCAGGAGUAUGCUCUGGCUGGUGACCUCUUCGACAUCAUUCCACCCCAGGUGGGUCUACCAGAGACUGUAGCCAAGCGCUGUGUACACCAGGUGGCUCUGGCCCUAGACUACCUGCACUGUAAGAAACUGGUACACCGUGACAUUAAACCAGAAAACAUUCUGAUAUUCGACAAGGAGUGCCGGAAGGUCAAACUGUCCGACUUUGGGAUGACCCGCAGAGCUGGUUCUCCUGUGAAACGGGUAAGCGGGACCAUCCCUUACACGGCCCCAGAGCUGUGCGACAACUCCAAGCACGAAGGCUUCUGCGUGGACUACAGCACUGACGUCUGGGCCUUUGGCGUGCUCCUCUUCUGCAUGCUAACUGGGAACUUCCCUUGGGAGAAGGCCCUGCCCUCCGACACGUUCUACGAGGAGUUUGUGCGGUGGCAGAGACGCAGAACUGGCACGAUCCCGUCCCAGUGGCGCCGCUUCACCGACGAGGCCCUGCGGAUGUUCCGCAAGCUGCUGUCCAUUGAGCAGGAGAGGCGCUGCACCGUCAAGGAGGUCUUUGGCUACUUCAGCCACUGCUGGAUGCUGGACAAUGAGAAUGGGGGCCACCUUGCCGAAAUCAGCUCCUCCUCCUCCGAAGAGGACCUGGUGGACCGCAUGAAGCAGCAGACCUUGUCCCCCGUCUGCAACGUCAACAAAAGCACCGUUGUCAUGGAGACAGCGCCGCACUUCUCCUCGCUGUCGACCACCAGCUCGCUGUCCUCCACGAACAGCUACGACAGAGUCUCUCGGGAUACCUCCAGCAGUCGGAUUUUGGUGGCGACGCCCAUUGAGAUCUGCGUGUAGAAGCUUGUCAGUAUCCUACGCAGAGCGGUCGUCGGGUUUCGCUGAAGAGGGUUCCAGAAUCUUCGAUGCGCAAGUGGAAGUUGGUGGUAGCUGGUGUUCGCUUUUCUUCCGAGCCUCCAGAUAUGCGAACCUUACAAAAUGCCGCCAAACAUUUUUUCAAAAAACGAACAGGCAAAUUUUCAAAGGGGGGCUGCCAUCUAAAGGUUUUCAAAACACAACCCUGACAGCUUCCUCUAACAGAACAAUUACCUCAUUGAGGAUACAUCUCGAACAAUCACAUCUGUCACCUUUUUCACACAUUUCACCACGUCACAUUGAAAAGAAACACAAAGUCAGAAGAGCAAGCUCAGAUGUGCUUGUAACUGGUAUUGUUACCGAUGACCAAAUCUUCAUUUCUUAAAGCAAUACGUUACGUUUUCCUGCAAAAAAAAAAAGAAGAGAAUGCUAUGGCUGAAGCCAGCUGGCGCAUGGCUCUCGUAGGUGGAACAAGUGUCAGUUUUGCACAGAAUGAAGAGUUAAGAAAGACAAAUGUGACUUUUUUUAUUUUCUUUUAAUUAUCGAAGCUGUUCAAAAUGACAGCAAAAAAAAAGAAGAAAAUGGAGAAUGUUUCCAGGAAAGGGGAACUUGCAUUGUGGUGAUCAUUAGUGUACAUGCUACGUGAACUAUGGUACUGUAUUAGUGUGUAUGUUUGUGUGUGGCUUGUGUGUGUAUGAGUUUUCAGUAGUAUAGAUACAAAAGUUUUUGCCUUUAUUUACUUAACUUGAUUCUUGAAUUCUCAGAAAUAUAUUUUUGCUAUUUAUUUUGUAGAGGCAUCGUUAGUGCCAGCUAUUUGAUUUAUUUUAAUACUAUGGUUUGCUAAUGUUCUAGUGCCAAAUGCCUCUUGGCAUUGCACAGUCUCUUGCAAUUGGCCAUACCUGCACUUCAGCCCCUUAUCAGAAGAAGUACUCAUAAUAUCUUUGGUGUUCUGUCAUUUUAGCCUCUAUGCAAAGGCAAUAUAAUUUGUUCAUUGUGACAACCUUCUUUUUUCCUGCUUGCUGAUUUUAUAAUCCAGACUGUACUACAGAAAAUAAUCAGAUGAUUGGCUUUGUAGUGCAAUAUUUAUUUGAAUGGAACAGAAAUGACGCAGAAGCCAGAUUUCAGGGUCUUGUAUGUAAUGAUGUAAAAUGCAUGCAUGUGUAAAUCCAGAUGUCACACAUUUAUGAAUAUGUGGAGUUUAGAAAUUAAUCCGUCGUGGACCUUUAAACAGAUUAUCUGCUCCUGAGAUUGUCCCAUGGGACAUUGAACCGAGAGAAAUCCAUAUGUGUCUGCAUUUAUGGCCUCCAAGAUAUUUCAAACCUUUUAAGGCAGAGAAAAAUUACACAUGCAGUCACCAUAAAGCAGAAUUUUGUACAGAAGUCACGUAUUUACCUGGAGUCCCAGUCAUUACAGGCAUCAGAUAUAUUGGCUGCUUCUCAGUGUUUUUAGAUAGAAUUUUAUUCUGGACUGCUCCCUGAGAAAUAUAACUUGCCCGUUGCAGUUUCCUUACCAGGGGUGUGGUGAUACACAUAUUCUGCAUGGCUUCUUAAGCUCUGAGCUCUAAGAAUGUCAAAUUUAUUUUCCAUCAUCGAACCUCCUGCAGUUGUACUCAGUAAGGGCUGCAGGACUAUUCCUGAUGAUCCAUUUUAUAUUAAGUCUCUUGUUCAAGAUCUUUUAGAUACGAUCAUGUUUAUAGCACGAGACCAUCUACUGUUUCUGUCUGUACCUAUUAUAAGUUAUAUUGGCGCUGAUGCUGUUGAUCAAAAUGCUAGUUAUGAUAGGAAAUGACUGGAUUUGCCUACAGUAUGUUUUCACUACUAGUUGCAGAUAUUUAUACCUUGAAGCAACAAUGUAAGAUAGAGAUAACCUUGCAGAACAUGCUAGAUUCCUAUUGUUUCCAAAUCAGUUUGUUGGCAGAUCUUGCAUAAUGCUGUUCUCUAUAUAUUAGUCUUAGGGAUAGGCACAAGUAGAUUUUAAACUUCAGUUUGACUACAGCUUUUUACAGUGAUUUCAUUCGCUCAGUUAGUUUUAUAUAUAAAAAUACAUAUAAGUGUCUUUCAUGAGAGACGGAUGGAGAGCAUCCAGAAUGUAAUCUUUGAAAACACUUUGAAAACGGUUAUCAAGUACAUGUUUUGAGUUUUUAGAGAUCUGUUUUUUUAUAGUGGAUUAAUUUGCCACUGCAGUUGAAAACAUAUUUACUUUCUGUUUCUGCCUUUUUCUUGUGUAGAGGCCAGAGCUUUUAGGACAGUGGAAAGCAUAAGAGCUUGUUGACUUCUUCUGUGAAGUCUACAGGAGGGCCCGGUGGAGGGGUUUUGUUUCCCAGAGUGCAGUUGCAAUUGUUCUGUCUCAUCUGGCAGAGUUCCUGCCAAAUGUCAUCUUUUAUCUGUUAGAUGCGAAAUACAGAAACAGCUUAUGCUUUUGAAUGGAGUAAAUGUAGCAAAAAAUCCUGAAAAGCAGUGAUGGACCCCGAACCUACAGUACAAUCCACAGGGAAAAGAGCGUUUCUGAUUUUUAGGGACUUUGAUCGAAUAGAGCAUUCUUCUUCACAUCAUUUUCAGCACCAUUUAAAAGCGAGAGUGUGCUGCUGUCAGCAAAGGGAUAGCCUAAAGGAACUGUUUCACGUUUUAUCGACUAUAGCUCUUCUUCUUACUUCAUGGCAGCGUGAAUGUCCUGUAGGUUCGGCCUUUAUUAUUUGACUUUCAGUAGUCUUGAUUUUCAGUUUGUUCAGAAAUUUGUAUACAGUGGAUUUUUGUGAUGCUUUAGUUUGCAUUCUGUCCAUUUUUAGAGGGCACAAAAUUCAUCUUGUGGCAUAUCUUUGGCAAAAAACUGGUGGAUAUUAAUUUCUAUGGCAGGUCUUAAGCUUGGAAAGUUGCACUAGGUUAACUAGUUCUUAGUUAUGACUUACUGGUCUGUUCAUGUAGUUUGUAAAGGGAGUUAAUUCCCUUUAUGCAGUUUUGUAAAGAAAUUCACUUUUGAUUACAUUUUUGCAGUUUUGAAUUGAAUAGUCAGAAUUCAGCAAAAAUGCCAAGUAAGAUAUACUGUAUAAAAGGGCAAUUAAAAAACAAAAUGGUAUGUUUUAAACAUAUCCUACAAAAUUAGUACUGAACUGUAUUUGUAAAAGCUAUGUAAUGAUCAUUGUGGUGAAAUUUCACUGUAGCACAAUUUUUUGUGUAGUGUUCCCGAGUGAGGAUUGCUGUGAAGACUUAUUGAAACAAACUAGGGCUACAAAGAAAAAAGCUAGUUUUUAUUUACUGUGUUGUAUUUGUAUAUACUGUAGUAUUUGUAAUACUGUUAAACCAAAUCAAGGGAGACCAUGUGGAAAAUAACUGGCGUUGACAGUGAAGUGUUACUUGAUUAAACCUCAGCUUUCUGAUUUAUCUGGGUAUUAAAGAAAAGACUGUUGUUUAUUUUACAACAUGAUGCAACCAGCACUCCAUGUCCUGAAGUCAGAUUGCUUUUUUUAUUUUUAUUUUCAAUGUUAUUUUAUUAACUGGAGAGAAAUCUGUCGGGUUUCAUUUUCAAGCGAAAAUUGUUCAUAGUUUUUCAAGACUGAAAAUGUAAACAAACUGAUCAACGUUAAUUCCCAGCAGGAGCAGAUAACAGUUGGACUUUGGUGGAAAGCAGCGUCAAUUUACUGCUGCAAGCGUGACAUUUGCCUUUUUAAAAAAGAUAAAACACAAAAAAGGGACAUUUUGGAUGGAAUAUGUGUGUUUUAUGUUUUCUAGACACAUUUGCAUGAACUUAAGAUGUUGUUCUGGAAAUACAUUGUGAAACUCUCUUGCGGUUGCAAGCUGCAGUAUCCCUUUACCUGCCUCUUCAAGUAAGCUGCAGACAUUCAGAGUGCUAGUUAAAGAAUUACCAUGGAAACCAUCUGAAAAUGACUUGCUACUUUUUCAUCUUUCCCACAUUGGUGACCAGCUGAGCUUUUUCUUGUUCACUUCUCCGAUGCAGAGAAUUCAACCUGAAGCAAAAGGAAUACUGCACUUUGUGACAAAUAUAUUUAUCCUGAUCUUAUUGUGCUCUAACUUAAAAGAGGCAGAUCAUUUUGGCAACGACAGCUGCCCAGCCUGACUGCUAAGCAAUCCAGGUUGUCCGAUUUCCUUAGUCAUUGCCAAAACAUGAAAAUGUUGGACAUAGUGGUUUAGCACACUGUCAUAAUGUAAUGUGUUGCCAGUAAUGUAAUGGAAAUUCUUUGUCUAUCUGUAUACGUGAUGUACUUUGAUGCACCAAUGUUUCUAGUGGAGUUUUAGCCCAUAGGGACAUGACACUAGAACUCGUGUCUGAUUCAGUCAUUGCAAUACAAUUGUCUUCCUGUAAUUUACUUACAAUUUAAUUAAAAAUGAAAAAAAAAAUGAAACGGUACUGGCAUUUGUACAGUCACUUCUGUAAGUGUAAGAUAUUCUUGUGACCUUGUAAGAGUGUGGUGUGUGAAGGAGUCAGUAGCAGACAUUUAGUAGGAAAUGGGUUAGAUUCCCACUGGUCACAAUUCGUUCUCCAAAAUCUGAUGCCUGCUGGUUGAAAUAAGAAGUGUAAACAGUAAGAUGAUUCAAUCUAAACACAAACCUCAACUGCUAAAAGUUUCACAGCCUGGAAAAUCACCAAAUUAUGAUUUUCUUGGUUAAACACCUCCACUGAUUUAGAAAAAAAAAUCGACCCUGUCUCCUUAAUGAUAUUUACAUUGAAUUGUCAUCCUUAUUGGUUCAAACAAACAGCUUUGCAAAGUGGGCUGAAAAAAGGUACUGUAAAUUGGAAACAGCUGCGCACUUGUCCCCUUUGGUCUUAAAGCAGUGUUUUCCUUCUUGUCAGCCUCUGUAAACUGUCGAGUGGAGCAGCACCCAGCUCUUUGUUUCACAGUCUUGGCCAAUAGGUUUCUGUUUUCUAAUCAGCAGCUACAGCAGAAUGGAACUCACUGAAUCCCUUCAUAGCCAAGAACAUUCACUGAACGCCACGCGUGCUGCAUACAAAUUACCCUGAGGCGAUUCACACCCCAGUCAUUCUUCGAGGUCAUAUUUAUAUUACACAGUUGUCACUAGUGCAAAGGAAAAUAAAAGGCAAAGACCUAUAUGCGUAAAAAUA